AUGGCUCAAGCUAGCUGCGAGCCAGUCAACCUGCUUUCGUUAGACGGCGGGGGCAUUCGUGGAGUAUCCGAAUUGUUGAUCCUCGACGAGAUUAUGCGUCGCAUUAAGAUCGACCAGCGCCUUUCCGAAACGCCACGACCCUGUGAUUACUUCGAUCUUAUCGGAGGAACUAGCACAGGAGGUCUCAUUGCCCUCAUGCUCGGUCGAUUACGAAUGACGACGGACGAAGCACUCCGAACCUACAACUCAUUAUCUGAGGAGAUAUUUUCGAAGGAAAACAAGAAAACGAAGUUUCAGGAUGGCUCAUUUAAAGCUACGACCCUACAAGUGAAAGUGCAGGAGAUAGUGGAAGACCAAGCUCUGAAGGGACUCAUACUUGACCCGCCACUCAUGAUUGACCCGUCAUUCGAGCGUGAUCCGUCGAAGAAAGGGAAGGCGUUCGUCUGCGCCGUGCCUGCUAAUAACAUGGAACACCCGCGAUUAUUCAGAACCUACCCCGUCAGAAAGAAUGAGAGCCCGAACUGUCAGAUCUGGGAGGCGGCGCGUGCAACCACUGCCGCCCCUACCAUCUUCAAACGGAUUGCGAUCGGAGAGGAGGGACAUGCCAAGGAAGAAUUCAUUGACGGCGGGCUUGGACAUAAUAAUCCAGUAAACCUGGUAUUGAGGGAGGCAAAAGAGAUCUUCGGCGACAAGAGACCUGUGCGUUGUCUCCUCAGUAUCGGGACUGGUCAUCCAGGCAUAAACGGCCUGGCAAAGCCGAAUGCUUUCCAGAGAUUCCUGCCUACAGGUUUGAUAGAAGUGGUUAAGAGAAUCGCUUUGAGUUGCGAAGACACACACAUUAAGUUGAAAAACAAUUUCCAGGCCCCUGGAAUUUACUUCCGCUUGAACGUGGCUCGUGGUGCCGAGGACAUAUCCUUGGAAGAGUGGGAGAAGAUACCGUUACUGACGACGCACACCAAAUCUUACAUCGAAGAUGUAAACGAGGAUAUCGACAAGGUUGUAGCUGCAAUGUGUCAGCAAACGGGGCCCACGUGGACACCGGGCAAAGCUUAUUGUGUCCCACAAAAGCCGAGUGUCUCUAAAGUGCCCGGACUCGUUCCUUUCGAAAGAAACCUACAAUUCGUCGGCCGUCGCAGUCAUCUUGAUCAACUUGAAAACUCUCUUUUUGGGAAGCGAUCACCGCCCAAAACCGCUAUAUAUGGCCUGGGGGGCAUGGGAAAGACCCAGAUCGCUCUCGAACUGGUCUAUCGAACAAUGGAAACCCACACCGAUUGUUCUGUAUUCUGGAUACAAGCCACCAACGUCGAGACCAUUCAACAAGCUUUCACAAACAUCUGUCUAGAGCUUGAACUAUUCGAACUAAAGGUCAAUCCAGACGAGGCUCAGGGGCUUCUACAGCAUCACCUAAGCCAAGAACGUGCAGGCAAAUGGCUGCUGAUCGUUGACAAUAUUGAUGACAUGAAUAUCUGGAAGACUGUGUUGAGAGACAAUCUACCGAGGAGCCGGACAGGGUGCAUUGUUUGUACUACGCGGAACAGAAAGGUCGCAAUAGAGAUUUCGGCUUCCAAUGUGAUUGAAGUGAAUGAAAUGGACGAGGAAACGGCCAUGGAACUUCUUCGCAAACUCUUGCCUAAUCUAGAUCUGGCAGAACUCCGCAAGGAUGUGCAGCAUUUCCUUGAACAGCUCACCUUCAUGCCUCUCGCGAUUGUGCAGGCAGCUGCAUAUAUCAAGAAAAAUGGGACGACACUAUCGAAGUAUUCGUCACUUAUGAAUGAGCAAGAGCAGGAAACGAUCAAGCUCCUGAGCGAAGGAUUUCAAGACGACAGCAGAUAUCACGAUAUCAAUAAUGAUAGCAACCCAGUAGCAACAACUUGGCUGAUAUCUUUCGACGAAAUUCAGCGGUUGGACCCUCUUGCGGCUAAUUAUCUGUCGUUCAUAUCUUGUUUGGCUCAAAAAAACAUCCCGGAAUCGUUUUUCCCCUUGGAGGGGUCCUUAACCGAGCAGGAAAAUGCGAUUGGGACGCUAAAUGCGUAUUCGUUCAUCUCCAGACGGGCAGAUCGCGUUUUCGACGUUCAUCGACUGGUACAACUUGCAAUGCGAAUCUGGCUAAGGAGAGAGAAUAAAUGGCAACAUUGGGUGGGCUUGACAUUGCAGCGACUGUUGUGUUUUCUCCCUCUGAAAGGUGGCCAUCAAGGAAAAGAGGUCUGGGCCGCAUAUCUGCCCCAUGCUAUUCACGUCGUUGGAUUGACUGAACUGAGUGAUACGACAAAUCGAAUAUCUCUAUUGGAACGAAUAGCCUUCUGCGAGGCGUGCUUAUGGAACCAUAGCUCCUCAGAAUGGGCUUACAGACAGUUGCUUGAUCAAAGACUCCAACUCGAUGCCGAUAUGGACCUACCAACACUGAUAAUCAAGAGAAAACUCGGAUUUUCUUUAAGGUGUCAGGGCAAUUACAACGAAGCAGAAUAUCAAAUACAAGGAGCACUAGCAGGAUUUAGAAAGAAGCUUGGUCCAAAGCACUUAGCGACACUUCGCUGCCUUUCUGAUCUCGGGAGCGUACUUUUAGAACAAAAAAGGUACGGAGAGGCGGAAGAGUUAAGCCGAAAAGCGCUAAAAGCGCAAGUGAAGUUGCUUCGUCCAGAACACCCGGACAUCUUUGCUAGUGUUUUUAUCCUUGUGCAAAUAUUGGAGCGCCAGGGUAAGUACGAAGACGCAGAAGCUAUGGGGCGACGAGCACUACGAGGGUUUAUGGAGACACUCGGCCCAAAUGACGAAAGUACGCUCCAUACUGCUAGACUCCUUGCGAUAGUAUUGGAGCGCCAGUGCAAGUACGAAGAGGCAGCAAGAAUAAUUCGAGAAGUCAAAUUAGGGCUGGACGGUGUGCUUGGCCCAGAGGACUCAGCCGCACUUAUUAAUGCCGGUAUCCUUGGGCCACUAUUGCCGCACCAGAGCAAGUACGAAGAGGCAAUAGAUAUAGGGCGACGAGCACUGAAAAAACUAAAGAUGGUGCUUGGUCCGGAGCAGGUGGACACACUCCAAAGUGCUGAUGAUCUUGAGUUUAAACUCUCGCGCCAGGACAAGGAGAGAAAGAUUGGAGCCAUCCACUGACAUGCAUUAGAAUGGGAUAGGAGAACAGGUUGGGCC